AAGACUAGGAAAAAGUUAACCUUUGCCCCGCGCUUCAGGCCCCAUCAAAAUAAAGUAGGUUCUCUAGUUAAUUCUAGGCCUAGGCCUAUGUGUUUUGCUAGUACAGUGCAUGAAAAGUGCUCCAAAUUGAUAUGGAGAGGAAAAGGAACAUUACAUGGAAAGCCAGAGCCCGUUCGAUAGGUUCUCUAGAUUUUCAGAUAUUGCGUAGGAGCAUUAUCGGUGAUGCUAACUUUGUGCAGCGAUUGAAACUUGACACCAAGCUUGCAGUUCACUCUGGUUGUGUCAACAGUAUAUGUUGGAGCGAUAAUGGCGAAACCAUACUCUCCGGCUCAGAUGACAAGAACUUGGUGGUCACUAACGGUCACACCAGAGCGAAAAUGGCAUCAAUCACAUCCGGACACAAAGCCAACAUAUUCUGUGCUAAGUACAUUCCUGUGUCCAGAGAUAAACUGGUGGUGUCUUGUUCUGGGGAUGGCAUGCUAGCAUUCAAUGAGCUGGAAAGAGAGGAUACACACGGCAUGAACAUGUUUAAUUGUCACUAUGGCACUGUGUAUGAGCUAGCCACCAUUCCACAAGAUCCGCACUCCUUCAUCUCCAGUGGUGAAGAUGGCACUGUGAGGUUCUUUGACCUGCGCAUGAAAACCAAGUGCCUUAAAGAUGAGUGUAGAGAGGAUGUGCUCAUUAAUUGUCGCUGUGCAGUGACCUCAUUAUCAGUCAACCCUGUGACCCCAUAUCAUCUUGCAGUUGGAUGUUCGGACAGCUCAAUCUGUAUCUUUGACAGAAGAAUGCUUGGGACCAAAGGCUCAGGUAACUUUACUGGGCGUGGCAUCCAUGGAAUGUUCAGUAGAUUCAGUCCACCACACUUGCAGACCAAAUACUGCAGACCCACUUCUCUCAGCUACAGCCAUGACGGACGGGAGAUGCUAGUUAGCUACUCCUCUGAGUACAUCUACUUGUUUGGUACCGACACUAAAGACAUGUUGCUUGAUGGAGAAGAUGAGAGGAAAGGAAAUCCUUUACUAGAUAAAGAUGAAAUGCCUCCAGUUAAUCCUGUAAAACGACUGCGUGUCAGAGGUGACUGGUCAGAUACAGGUCCUACAGCACGCCCUCGUGCAGAAUCAGGAGAAUCACAGUCUCCACAGACAGUGAUGCAACGGAUGUCAGAGCUCUUUACACGUUGGCUUGAAGAUGCUGCAGGUAGCCAGCCAUCUGUGUUGCUUGAUCUCCCGAGGACAUCGUUAGAUACAUCCUUCAGAACAGAAGAACCCAGUAGACAAUCAAGGACUGAGCGGGUGCGAUCCACUCAGCGGGAAUCCAGACAUUCUACCGAUAGUCAACAGUCCACAUCCUUAAGGAUGGGGUCGUGCUCAUUAGGAGCGGAGGCAACCUUAAUGACAGAUAGUGCCUCAGACACAUCAAGCCAACCAGAAGCAAGUGCUGAACAUUCAAAAAUGAACCAGGCAAUGUGUCCAGAAUUAUCUGCUUCAGGAGGUCAAAUGGAGUCUGAGAUUCAUUUAAGUGCAAGAUCUUCCUCUGAAGAUCAUUGUGAGUGGCAGGAAAUGAUGUCAGAGGAUGCUGACACGUCAUCUUUAACAUCAUUGUCAACAGUAAAGUCUGCAGGUGAAUCUUGCAUGACAAAAACAGACCUUAGUGGCUUUGAAGAUAAGAAGAGAAGGUGUAGCCAGCACAGUUCCACAUCGGAUGGUACAGCUGAGGAACCAGAAUCGUCUCGUCGUUCCAGACGGAGUAAGAAAGUUUUAAAAAUUGAUGAUGAUGGAGGCGAUGAUGGCGAAUCAGAUGAUUCUAGCUCGGAUGAUUUCAAAGGAAAAAUGAAUGAAAGUAAUGGAAAGAAAGGAUGGAGUAAUGAAUCUGAAAAACAUGUUUCAAAAAUGAAAGACAGUGCAAAGAAAGGAUUAAAGGAUCAAAGUGCAGAUGAAAACAGUUCUGAUCGCAGUCAAGAACCUGGAACAAGCAGAAGAUGGGUGAUGGACAAUGAAGGCGACGAUGUAGGAAGCUCUAGAGAAGACAAAUCAACCAAGAGAAUGAAAAGCAGAGGAGAACGAGUUAGACAAGCAUUACUUGGGAAAGCGAGGGAAGAAAGAGAAAAAGAAAAGGAGCAAAUUAGGAGUAUAACCAGUCUAAAGGUCAAAAAUGUAUACCGAGGUCAUAGAAAUUCAAGAACAAUGAUUAAGGAAGCCGGAUUUUGGGGGGACAACCUUGUACUUAGUGGUUCUGAUUGUGGACAUGUGUUCAUCUGGGAUCGUCACACAACAGAGCUUCUCAUGCUCCUAGAGGGCGAUAGACAUGUUGUGAAUUGCGUUCAGCCUCAUCCUUAUGAACCCAUUCUCGCUACAAGUGGCAUUGAUUACGACAUCAAACUCUGGGCACCAUUAGCAGACGAACCAUGUCGGCCAACAAAUGCCGAAGAGGUUAUGCGUGUGAACGAGUUGAUGUUGGAAGAAACAAGGGAUACCAUUACAGUCCCACCUUCAUUUAUUCUGCGUAUGAUGUCAACAUUACGCAAUCUUAGAUCAAGUCGAAACCAACGAGCCACAGAAUCUUCCAGUAGUGAUGAUGACUCGUGAUGCGGACACCUGACUGAACCGUAUCACUACACAUGCUCAGUUAGGCACUCCUAUCGGUAGUUGAAUUGCAUUAUCUUCAUAAAACAGAAAAUCAAUGUAACGAUAUAAAUUCUGAUAUUUUAUAAUUUCAUAUAGAAAUACAUGGUUUCACAAAACAGAAUUCUUUAGCAAUCAAAUUGAAGACUAUUUAUGUUUCAAAGAGUUCUUAAAUGCAAGUCUGCUGUUCUAAGUUAGUGGUAUGCUGUUAGUAUCCCUGGCAAUUUCUCUACUUGGUUAAUUGCUGUUACAUGUGCAAUAUUAAAUGAAUGAUUAUGUUUAGAGUGAUUCCCGAGACUACAAUAUUGUAGUUGUAGGUGAUUCUUUGUUGUUUAACUCAGGGUUCCAAGCUAUUUAUAAUUUUUUUAUAUUUAAAUUUUAUUUUAUAUUUACCUUUUACUAAUAUGCAUGAAACCCUGAUACAUUUAAAUGCACAGUAUAGAAACUGAACAAUUUCAGAGUUUUUAUUAAAUAAUAUUGUAUAUAUAAACAUACAUAAGUCAACGUUAUCAAAAUGUUAAAUAUUAAAAAUAAAAUGGUUAAAAAUGAUACAAUCGUACAGAAAUUCUGAUAAAAUGCAUAUGAUCCGUUGUAAAAAUUAACAGCAUGACAUAAUUGUGAAAAACUACAAGUAUACAUUAGAUGUCAACAUUCAUGUCAUUUUUUGACAUUGUAAAAACAUAAAAUCUUGGGGUUCCAUUGGGGAUCUGUACUUUAAGAUGAUGGCUAUUUUCAUGACUUUAUUUAUGAUAACCAGAUUGGAUAUUGAAGGACGUCUGAGAUUACCCUAUAGUAUUCAGAUGACAGGACGACAGCCUGAUCUUUUGUGUUAAGUAAACACCUACAUGAGUGCUUGUUAUUAAAGCGUAACAUCUGUGCGAUUUACCACCGGUACACACUUUCUAAAACCACUCAAACAAUACCCUAAUUACCUUACCAUCUGGAUUAUUUGUGACAAAUUUGACCACCAAAUUGCUGGGUAGAAUACCGUGUAUGGAAAGACCAUGGAGGCGGAGACGACGACAAAUCAACCUUAAGGCUAACUCAGACAGCGUCGUACGACGCAGCUAGACGCGAUUUGUUGUCGCGUCGGGUCUGUGUGAGUUAAAUGCAGACGCGAUGGUUGCGUCGGGGGCAGUCGCGUCGUAGAAUAUUAAACAUGUUUAAUAUUUCUCACGACGGCUCAAGACUCUCCCCGACGAUGAAUCGCGUCGGGCUGCGUCGUACGACGCUGUCUGAGUUGGCCUUAAAUUGUUUUCCAAAUGUUUUGUCUACAGUCUAGAGCGCAAAAUUCAGUAGGGUUACAGCCCAGGCCUAGUUGCAGCUCUUCUUCACCAGUCAAUCCAUCAGCAUAACAUCACAUCAUUGGUGCCAUAAAGGUGGCUAGUAGCAUAGCUAUGCGUUUGAUUUGUAAAUUUACCAUUAUUCGGGGAAAUAAUGUUGAAUAAACCAGCCUAGGUACGGAUAUAAGUUACUGCGUAUACUGCGAUGUGCGUAUUUGUGCGAUGUGCGCUGGUUAUAGCAGCAGUAGAAAGAAUGGGUUGACCAUGGGGUAAGUUUAAAUUUACUUUCGGAGUAGUUUCGUUACACAGUAUUUAACAUGAGCGAACACUUGCUUGAACGGUCGACAACCCGCUAAGUGCUUGGUGCAAUUAACCGGUGAAAUACACGGAAUACGAAUUGAAAUCAUUACUGUGAAGUUUUAAGUCACUAGCUCACCAAUCAAGGCGGAUCCAGAAUUUUUGAAACGGGGGCACAACAUUUUCAGAAUAGAUAAGUGUGUAGCGCUGAUUUCAAUACAUAACAUUGACAUGCAUUGAAAUUUUAAAAUUUAGUGGCAAAACAGGGCACCUGCAAUUACAAUUGGCAACUCAUUUUAAAGAUUUUUGCAUUAAAGGUUGUAAAUCAUCAAAAUCUACUUGCUGUACAAUCUUCUUUCAAGAUUGAGGGCCAACUUCAUAAAGGCUUCUGCCAGAGCUUGUAUCAUCUUUUUAUAUGGGUAAUUCAAAGUUUUAUUUGGGUUUUUGAGGUUUCUUAGAUUUAAAGAAUGCCAAUGUUUUUACUACAUUCCCACCUGAUGCAACACAGUGGCAUAUUAAUGCCUAUGGGCUCUCGGGGCAAAUUAUUAGUAGGAAGGCCACCCCCCCCCCCUUACUAAUACAACAGAGCCUUGACAACCAUUACUAAAAUAGAUCUCCCCACGCCAACACUUUCACACCCUGUUCCCUGUCGUUCUAACACACUAUGACUGAUGGUUUGCAAAAAAAAUUACUAGUUUGUUUCAUAAAAUAUACUAUAGUAAUGUUACAUAAUAUUCUGUAAUGAUCAAUAGAAAAUUCAGUACCGUGCUUAGGAAGAACAUUAUCAGACCAAUUGAAAAGAAUAUGAACAUCUACAGAUGUGCUGCCCCCAAUGUAAUACACUAUGUCUGUUUUGUGUUUUAUAUGACUGCCUAUAUAGUAUUAUAUUGCAUUGUUAGUUCCUCAUCUAAACCACCUCCCUUCUCAGGGCAAUAAUAUAACCAAGCACACACUAAUUAUUCUUAAAUUAGAAAGAUAUGUGUCACUUGCUGUGUUGCACAAUUGUAAAACAAAAAAAAUGACAUUUACACCAUGAGAAGCUGGAAUGGAAUGUUUAAUUGCAAUAAAAAAUUAAAACCAAAA